UCAGCGGCGGGCAGCGAGCGCGGCGCCGCCGACCUCGCCCCCGCCGGCACCGAGCACAAGAAGGCCAAGAACAGCCACCACGAAGAAGGAGGCGGCCACGAGCAUCACGCCGACCACCACAAGGAACACGGGGAAAAGGGCGACAAGGGAUACAAAUCACAUCACCACCAUGACAAGGGUGACCACGGCCACCACGAGAAACACCACCACGAAGGACACCACGACGAACACGGCGGACAUAAAAAGAAGCACCACGACGAGCACGACCACCACGGCGAACACCACGAGGCCGCACACGGUCACAAGGGCGGAAAAUUCGGUCACAAGAAAGGACAUAAAAAGGGUUCCAAAACCACGGGUUUCCACCACAAGUCGCACAAGGAUGAAUACCACAAGGAACACAAAUUCUACGAUGACUUCCACAAGGGAGGACAUCAUCACAAGCACGGAGACUUCCACGGUCACCACGACAAGAAGGAGGGUCAUCACAAGAAGGGCGGACACCACGAGAAGGGCCAACACCACAAACAUCACGGCAAGAAGGGGCACCACGACAAGGGCCACUACGACGAGGACCACAAAGGGCACAAGGGCCACCACGGACACGAGGAGCAUCACGCGCACCACCACGACCACAGCAAGAAGGGCGGCCACGCCGGCGGCAAGGAGCAUGGCUACAGCCACACCAAGAAGGCGUAAAUCUGACUAUAAUCAACAUUGUUAUUUGUUGGUAUAUCUUGUUGCUUGUUAUUUUUCCCAAAAAGUCAUUUUUAAUAAUUCUAAGUUCAUUGUGCGAUACGUAAUUUAUUUAGACUUAGUAAUGAUUCAAAAAAGACGUGUGAGUUAAAGUUCACAUCAAUAUGUUCCCCAUUAAUAGGCUCCAUUAGCAAUGAAAUUAUAAAAAUAUUUUUU